AUGGCUACUCAAACAGCUUCUCUUUUACCUCUUGUCUUCAAUGGUGAGCAUUAUCAUAUAUGGGCUGUCGAAAUAAAGGCAUAUCUACGGGGUCAAGGACUCUGGCAGUACGUAGAGGAAGAGAAACAACCCCCUCAGUUGGGACCAAAUCCCACACUUAACCAAAUCCGAUUGCAUGAAGAAGAAGCUUCAAAGGCUCAAAGAGCCUUGUCCCACAUUCACUCAGUUGUCACAGACCUUGUUUUUAUAAGAAUCAUGGCAUGUGAAACAACAACGGAAUCAUGGGACAAGUUUAGAGAGGAAUUCAUAAGGAGUGACAUUACAAGGAAUAUGCAGGUUCUAAAUUUAAGAAGGGAAUUUGAGACGUUGAGAAUGCAGGAAGCUAAGAUAGUGAAGGAAUAUGUUGACAGAUUGAUGAAUAUAGUCAACAAAAUCAGGUUGCUUGGAUUGGAGAUGACAGUUAAAAGAAUAGUGGAGAAGGUGAUAGUAAGCUUACCCGAAAUAUUUGAAGCAAAAAUCUCUUCUUUGGAGGACUCAAAAGACCUAUCUCGGAUCACUUUGACUGAGCUGGUCCAUGCUUUGCAGGCACAAGAGCUAAGAAGGCUCUUGAGGCAAGAGGAUGCGAGUGAAGGUGCAAUGUUAGCAGCUCAUAAAGGCAAGUCUACAGAAGGAAACAACAAGAGGUUUGUUGGAGAAGAGAAGGGAAAAGAAAGGUCCAAUGCUCAGUGGAACAAGACUGGUGGAAUGAAAAAUUUUCCACCUUGUUCUCACUAUAAGAAGAAGGGACAUGCAGAGAAUAGAUGUUGGUUUAGCCUAGGAAUACAGUGUAGGGCCUACAAGUAG